AUGUCUGGGUCUGGAGGCUCUGAGGCUCGGACGCCAAUUUUCUCCGGUGAGAACUACAAGUUCUGGAGGAUUAAGAUGGUAACGAUUUUCAAAUCUCUUGGGCUAUGGAGUCUGGUAGAAAAGGGGAUUCCAACCCCUGAUUCGAAGAAGAAGAAGAAGAAAGCCGAAGAGUCAUUAGAAGAAGAAGUUGAUGCAGAGAUGAUCGCUGUGCUAAUGAAGGAUGCGAAGGCUCUGGGCAUUAUACAGAACGCAGUUUCUGACCAGAUCUUUUCUCGAAUUGCCAACGCUGACUCAGCUAAAAUGGCGUGGAAUCUGCUCUAUAGUGAAUAUCACGGUGGUGAUCAAGUCAGGUCAGUGAAACUUCAAAAUCUCAUAAGAGAAUUUGAAUAUAUGAGAAUGCGUGAGAAUGAACCCCUAACUGCAUAUCUCACCCGUUGGAAUGAAUUGAUAAAUCAAAUGAAAACAUUUGGAGAAGUGCUAUCAAAUGAGAGGCUGGUUCAGAAAGUGUUAAUCAGCCUUAGUAAAGUAUACGACCCUAUCUGCUUGGUGAUUGAAAAUACAAAGAGUUUGGAGACUAUUGAAUUGCAGGAGGUCAUUGCAAUUUUGAAGAGCCAAGAGCAGUGUUUUGACAUGCAUAAUGUGGACACAGCUGAGAAGGCAUUUGGCUCUUUCUCAGUCAGUACACAAAGGCAGAACAAGAAUAGUACUCAAACUGGUUCUGCUAAGUCUCAGAAAAAUUGGAAGUCUAACAACAAACCAUGGGAGUCUAGACCUAAGCCACAGCAAGUUGGUGCUGCACAGAACUCAAAUGGCUCAAGAUGGAGUGAAGCCUCAAUGCAAAAGAAGAGUAAAAAUGGAGAGUGGUAUAUAGACAGUGGUUGCAGUAACCAUAUGACUGGGAACAAGGAGUUGUUAAUUGACAUAAACACAAAUGUCACAGGCAAGGUGCAAAUGCCAAUAGGGGACCUUGUAGGUAUAACUGGUAUGGGCACUUUAGUACUUGACACAUGGUCUGGUACAAAGUAUAUCAAAGAAGUCAUGUAUUUGCCUGGUUUGAAAGAAAAUCUGUUGAGUGUAGGCCAAAUGGAUGAACAUGGUUAUCAUUUGAGCAGCAUGUGCAAUAUUUUUUAUGAUUAUUCACUGGAGAAUCUUGUCAUGAAAGUGACAAUGAGAAAGAACAAAUGUUAUCCAUUGUCACUGUCUUCAAAUGACUUUAUUGCACUAAGAGCUGGUGUGUCUCACUCUACCUGGAUUUGGCAAAAUGGGGCAUUUACAUUUAAAAGGGCUAAACCAGCUCAAGGAAAAGGAGAUGGUGCAUGGUCUGCCACAUCUGGAAGCUGUAAAUGGAGUCUGUAA